UGAGAUUCUGUCUGGGCGAAGCCGGAGGGAUACCGGUCUGGAAGGGGCGUCUUAGCAAGCCACUGAACGAGUCGCCGAAGAAGGGAGCUUGUUGCCGGACUGCUUCUACGCCAAUCAAGAGGGACCGUCGGGGGUGACUGCGGAGCAACGGGUUGGACCCGCACUGAGUCGCCAGAGGACGGCCGAUUCUCCAGGAGCGUAGGGGGCUGCUUCUGAACGCCGUAUGACGCCGGAGAACACCUGUCACUUCCCUGCUUCUCUUGGCCGACGAUUUUUGCCGAAGGAAACGUACAGUGACUUUUGGAGAAGAUCGAGGUAGAGGUUUCCGUUAAGAUUUAUCGCAAUUUGAGUGAUGAUUUGAUGAAGAUGUUGAUUUCGAGAGAGAGCUUCCGCUAGAGAAAAUGUAAUUGGUAGAUAACAUUGUAGUUGGGCCUGGACCCCAUGGCCCACACACUCGGAAGAACAGAAAGUACCACGAUCACCUUGUGGGACCCUCGUCGGCCCAAAUGAUCUCCAUCGGCCGGAAAGCAGUCUACUCAGAAUACGGUCCAGGAGCCAGGAGAACCGGGUGGCCUCGUCGGCCAUGCCCUCAUCGGCCACGAGCGGCCUCCAGAAUAGGGUCCCAUACUUAAUUUUUUCUACAUCUCUUGUACCCGGCCCAAUAAUGGCCCUAUUGUAAAUGGGUCUCCCAACCCCAAGACUUGGGAACCCAGCCCUAAUUAUCCCUAUAAAUACUUCCUCUUGGAGUAGUUGUAGGGGUUCACAAAAUCAUUUAUUGAAGCAUUUACUUGCACUUCUCUCUCUAGCUCUCAUUUCUCUCUAGAUAUAUACUCUAUCUAGAACAAUCAAGUUAGCAUCCUUCGUUGCUACCAAGCACAACUAACCACUGAUCAUGGGAAGAACUAAGUCAAAUCGCAACCUCGUCAGCAAGGCCAUCCCUGAGGAUCAGGAGAACAGGGAGCGUGAGGAGGACGCCACGGCCGACCAGGUCGGAGGAGGGGACGUCUUCCCGAAGGCCAUCAAUCUCACGACGGACCUGCACAACCAGCUCAACGGCGGCGCCCUCGAUGCCCGCAUCGGCCUGGAUAAGAAGCGCGCAGAGAAGACAGACAACGCCCCGGCCAACCUUUGGCUACGGCUUCUCCGUCUGUUGACCUACAGGUUCAAGCCGCACUAUCGGUCAUCAUCGCCAGCUUGGCUCAGAACCCCACCGUCCUCAGCGCACUCAUGCCAAGGACUGGGGGGACAUCACUCCACCUCCUCAGCCCCAAUCGUUGGCCAUCAAGCUAGGCAACGAUGAGGGAUGAUAGCCCAGGACAUGGCGUCAUCCCACUCCCACCCUGCUUCCCCUCUUCGGCCCGGACCGACCCCAGCGCGUGGAAAAGCCUCUGCCUUCAAUAGGUUGGGUGACACGCGCCGUCGUCCGGUUUCAGAGAGGAUGGCGGGACGGAUUGGUGAGCGCCGGCCUGGCUCGCCAAGGGAAAGCCUGGGGUCUGUGUCCCGGACAGCGGACCAGCCCCACCUGAACAAGGGCAAGGGAAAGUUGCACGAGGAUGACGUGCGCCACAAGAUCAACGCGGCACACGAGGUGCGCAUGCAGAACCAACAGGGUGCCGCUGCGGCCGCCAGGGACCCUCGGGACGAGGUUAUCGCCCAACUGGAGAGGAGGCUGGCCCAGAUGGAGGCCAGACAAUCGGCGAACAUUCCCACGGCCGGUGCCUCUAACGAUCCUGGCCUCGAUGCACUCAUGAACAAGGUCAGCGCCCUUGAGAGGGAAUUGGCCGAAGGACGAGGUGAUCCCGUCAUCCAGGUCAGGACCAGGACUCCCUUCACUAACAGGGUGCUCUCGGCUCCCAUCCCGGAGAAGUACAGGGGAAACGUCAUCAAGUCCUAUGACGGUCGAUCAGACCCCCAGGAGCACUUCAGCCGCUACCAGAACAACACAUUGAUGGUGAACGCAUCGGAUGAAUACCACUGCCGUUGGUUCCUCUCCACUCUUGAGGGGUCGGCGUACGAGUGGUUCAACGCUCUUCCCGAACGAAGUAUACACUCGUGACAGGACCUUGCCCAGCGCUUCCUCACCCACUUUGCCGGGAGGAAACGUGCGAAGAAGUACUUCACCCAUCUCCUCUCCGUCAAGUAGCAACACGACGAACCUCUCCGGUCAUUCAUUGAUCGGUGGACGAGGGAGUCCGAAGAGGUCGAGGGGGCCGAUGAGCGCACCCUCCUCGUCCUCUACCAGGGAGCCCUCCGCAGCUCUCCGUAUGCCCGGAGCCUCAUCACCGACCCUCCGAGGUCGUAUGCGAAGGCGCUUCAGCGCGGGAGUUUGUACGCCGACGCCGACGAGCUCCACAACCACAAGAAGGACGGAGGCCACCCCUCCAAGAAGACAAAUCCUUCGCCGGCCCCGGGAACAUCCCCGUCCGGCCAGGGUGCCCAGGGCCGUCACGGCUCUGGUGGACAAAGCAAGAAAGACCGCCAUUGGCGGCCGAGGUUGGAACGGCCGGGCGUUCCCCUCACGCACCCGGUCAGCACCAUCCUUGACUAUGUCGAGAAGCACAGCCUCAUUGAACAAGCUCCUCGGUUGACGGAGGAAGUCCUUGCCAUCCAGCAAGGCGGCACCUACUGCCGGUUCCACAAGAACUCCUCACACAACACCGACGACUGCAUCACGCUGAAGAAAGCCAUCGAGCGCCUGAUUCGUGAGGGGGAACUCUCCCAAUUUGUUAAAGGUGGCCCGCGCAAAAAUACGUGGGUAAACACCGACAAAUCUGGGGGUGAACCCUCUACGAAGAAGCGGGAGAUCGGUAGGCUCAGCGACGACGAAGACUUUGAGGAGCCUCCACCAAAGAAGAACCACAUUCACCUCAUCGUAGCUGGGAACAUCGGGGGUGACUCCGUCACCCAGAGGAAGAAAUGGGCCCAAUCCCUUUACAUUGGGGAGGUGUCCCACGUUCGCCCCCAGCCGAAGAAGCAACGAACGGAGGUGAUCACCUUCACCGACAAGGAUCUGCCUCCAGGUACGGGGUCACACAGGGACGCCCUCAUCAUCCGGUGUGAGAUCGGUAAUUCCAUCAUCCACCGCACUUACAUCGAUACGGGGAGUUCCGUCAACGUGAUGUACCUGGAAACCUUCAAGCAACUGAAGCUGGACAAAGCUCUGCUGAAGCCGAUCAAGACACCAUUUUCCGGUUUCUCCGGGGACUCUAUCGACGCCGAAGGCACGAUAGUCCUCCCCGUGGAGGUCAGCGACGGCUCCCACCGCGCCAAAAUUGACAUGGAGUUCAUGGUGGUCAACCUUCAGUGCGCCCACAACCUGAUUUGGUGGUGGCCAGCACUGGAGGACCUGGAGGCCAUCAUCUCCAUGAAGCACUUAUGCUUGAAGUUCCCCACCAGUGGCGGUAUCGGCUACGCCAGAGGAAACCAGAGGAUAGCCAGGGCAUGCUACCUCAAGCUAACGAGGCCGGCCGAAAGGGAAGGAGAAAGAAUAGACACCAUCACGGUGACCGUUGCCAAGGACGAGGAGAGACCGCAUGCUGAACCAGCCGAAGAGGUCGAGGAGGCCCCCCUGGAUACCUCUCGGCCGGAGCGGGUCCUCAAAAUUGGGAAGCAACUCCCGCAGGACCAGCGAGACGCCAUCCUCCUCGUCCUACGGUCAUACGCCAUCAUCUUCGCGUGGGGCCCAGACGACAUGCCAGGCAUCAGCCGGAAGGUGAUCACCCACCGGCUGACCGUCGAUCCGGCCUCCGCACCUGUUAAGCAGAAGCGACGUUACUUGUCCGCCGACAGGCGGGACUUCGUCAGGGGGAGGUUCCCAUGCUCCUCUCAAUCAACCACAUCAAGGAGGUGAAGUACCCGACGUGGCUAGCCAACGUCGUCCUCGCCCAAAAACCGCCGACAUUCAGAAUGUGUGUUGAUUACACUGGCCUGAAUAAGGCGUGUCCCAUGGACCCGUUCCCUCUCCCCAACAUUGAUCAAUUGGUGGACUCGACGGCGGGAUGCGAGUUGAUGUCAUUCCUUGAUGCCUUCAGAGGGUACCACCAGAUUUUCAUGCAUGAAGAUAACGCUGAGAAGACGGCCUUCAUGACCCCGGAGGGAAUUUUUUGCUACCUCGUCAUGGCUUUCGGACUCAAAAACUCAGGCACCACCUACACCAGAAUGGUGGCUAAGAUCUUCAGGACGGUCCUCGGCCGGACGAUGGAGGCAUACGUCGAUGACAUGAUUGUCAAAAGCAAGCGGGCCACCACACAUGCUGACGACCUCCGGGAAAUUUUUGAGAUCAUGAAGGAGUUCAAACUCCGCCUCAACCCCAAGAAGUGCACCUUUGGCGUCUAAGGCGGCAAGUUCCUCGGCUAUAUGGUCAGCCGGAGAGGCAUUGAAAUAAAUCCGGAGAAUAUACAUGCCAUCAUCGAUAUGGAGCCGCCCAGCAACAUCAAGGAGGUACAGCGGCUAACGGGGCGCCUGGCGGCCCUGAGCCGUUUUCUCUCCAAGUCAGCCGAGAGGUCACUUCCUUUUUUCCAGAUCAUGCGCAAAGCAAACAGCUUCAGGUGGACGACGGAGUGCCAGGAAGCAUUUGAAGAAUUGAAGAGGUACCUUUCAUCUCCACCGGUGCUCUCCAAGCCCAAAGCCGGCGAAACCCUCUUCUUAUACUUGGGGGUGAGCACGUCAGCCAUUAGCUCCGUGCUCAUCCGCGAGGACGAAGGGGUGCAGAAGGCCAUAUUCUACAUCAGCAAAACACUCAGGGAGGCCGAGCUCAGGUACUCCCCCAUUGAGAAGACGGUGCUAGCCAUCGUCCAUACGGUGAAAAAGCUGGGGCACUACUUCCAGGCCCAUGCCGUCCACGUACUGACCCAGCAGCCCCUGGGCGCGCUCAUGCGGAACCCCACUAUGAAAGGGCAAGCCUUGGCCGACUUUGUCACCGAAUGCACAGCGAGGGAGACGACCACUACUACCCCCGGGCCAGAGCUAGAUGACACGUGGAUCCUGUUCACCGACGGCUCGUCGACCGCGAAAUCAUGCGGGGGCGGCGGCGUCCUCAUCUCCCCUGAAGGAUUCAAAGCUUACUAUGACAUCCGCUUCAACUUCAGGGUGUGCACCAACGAAGCUGAGUAUGAGGCCCUCCUCAGCGGCCUCAGACUUGCCGCCGGCCUCAAAGCCAAGCACAUCAGAGUCAGGUGCGACUCCAAGUUGGUGGUAGGCCAGGUUGAGGGUACGUACGAAGCAAAGGAAGGCCGGAUGAAGCAGUACAAACAGGCGGCAGAGGAGUUGCUGAAAGCGUUCGAAACCCACGAGAUCACACAGAUCCCAAGGGCCGAGAACGUCGAGGCCGACAUCCUCUCCAAGCUCAGCUCGGAUACUCUAGAGCACAUCUCCAAGUUAACCAAGAUCGAGGAGCUGAGCAUGUCCAGCAUCCAUGCCAGUCCCAUCUUGUGCAUCCAACAACGGACGGAGGACUGGAUCUCCGACAUCACCACGGGGGAGCUACCCCAGGACGAGGAGAGGGCCAAGCUUGCCAAGCUCUUGGCUCCAAGCUACACUAUUGAAGAUCGCAAGCUCAAAACGGCACUCUCCUCCGAUGCUUGCACCAUGACGAGGCCGAAGUGGCCAUGGAGGAAGUUCACUGCGGUGUUUGCUCCUCACACCAGGGCCCUUUCAGUAUGUCCAGGCGUCUCGUCGUCCAGGGCUAUUUCUGGCCGACGAUGGCGCGGGAUUGUGCAGAUCUUGCUAGGAAAUGUACCACGUGCCAGGUGCUCCAGAAGGCCCCUGGUCGGCCAGCCGCCAACUACGCCCCCGUCAGCACCGCCAUUCCAUUUUCAAGGUGGGGGAUUGACCUGGUCGGCCCAUUACCCAGAGCUGCCGGCAACAACCGCUACAUCAUCGUCGCAGUCGACUACUUUACCAAGUGGGUCGAAGCGGAACCUUUGGCCAGCAUCACAUGGGCGAGAUGUCAGAAGUUCGUCCAUAAAAACGUCAUUACCCGCUUCGGCGUCCCCCAAGAGAUCAUAUCUGACAAUGGCACCCAGUUCGAAGUGGCACCCUUCCAGGAGCUCCUUCGAGAAUGGGGAAUAAAGCACCGUUUCUCCUCCGUUGCCUACCCUCAGGGCAACGGGCAGGUUGAGAACGCCAACAGAACUAUAAUGGAGGGGAUGAAGAAGAAGCUCCAGGACGCAGGAGGAAGUUAGGUCAACGAGCUCCCCAAUAUCUUGUGGUGCUAUCGUACUACGCCAAGGAGGGCAACCGGUGAGACACCUUUUGCCAUGUGCUAUGGCUUUGAAGCAAAGGCACCCACGGAAGUCGCCAUUCCCAGCCGACGAGUGGAGCAGUACGACCCUCAGGUCAACGAGGAGAACAUGAAGAUCGAUCUCCACCUGGUCGAAGAAAGACGCGAACAAGCAUUCAUCCGGGCGGAGAACUACCGACGUCAAGUGAAAUCAUACUAUGACGCCAAGGUACGUUCCCGGGAGUUCCAAGUGGGGGACUACGUCCUCCGCCGAAGGGAAGCGAGUCAGCCGACGGAAGGGGGCAAGCUAGCCUUGAAAUAUGAAGGUCCCUACAUCGUCAUUGUCGUGGUAAAACCCGACACUUACAAGCUUAAACGCCCAAAUGGGACCAAUGUACCACGAACGUGGAAUGUACACCAUCUGGUGAAGUUUUAUCAAUAAUCCGAAGGAAGUGCAACCGGCAAAGCCCUCACCCCUUAACGGAUUAUUUAUUGAACACCACCCUCGGCCUUGAGCCACUUAUGAAUAAAAAUCAUGUUCCCUUGAUUUUUUGGAAUUUGAGAGAAAUAUUAACGAGUGCCCUCAUCGGCCGCCUUAGAGCGAAAGGCUCAGGUAUGGCCGAUACGGCGCCUUGCAUCUGCAGCCUAGAGCGAAAGGCUCAGGUAUGCUCAAGCAGAGCCGACGAUGUCCCCAGGACAACGGACCCGCAAACGGUCCACGUCUUGAAAUGGGAAGAUCACCACGUCCUCCACGCGUCUGAUCGCAGGAUGACAGGCCUGAAAUCAUGGCCGAGGUGACAAAAUCCCCAAACUCAGGGUCGUGCAACGACAGCCGUUGGCAACCAACCAAAAGUCUAGCCCGCGUCAUAAAUAGGCGAUGGGACCCCCCUGAGACCAUGGACGUUAUAAACGAAGUCCAAACCGGCCGGAGGAGUAUCGACCCCUUCGACCGAAACCUGAAAGAAGGACACUCCCCGAAAUAGGGAACGGAAAAAAAAGAGGGAAGCCGAGGACCGCGCGCACUUGCCGGCCUCGAGCAGUAAAAAUAAAUCCCCACGAAUCAAGCCACAGAUUUGGCUACGUACAUAUUAGUUGAAUACAAAGGUAACAAUACCAACAGGUAACACGGACGAAUCGGCCACCCGUUACGAGGAAAGUGUCAAGGACGGAGCAUGCACCUAUAGAAUCCUAACCAAGUGGUUGGGUGAAACGAGGGUGGUUACCUUCAUCGGCCAUGACCGACCGAAGUUCCAACACUUAGUAUGCAAACCAAGAGUCCCAGCUUGACACUUAACACAAUCCUGGAGUUGAACACCGGAAAGGAGGUCCAGGACGACGCUGGUCGUUAAAGGCGCUAAAACAUAGGCGACUUCUUAAGUUGAACACUUAGAAAAAUCUCAAAGGCAAAACGGAAGACUCAUCCCCAAGACGAAGCGAACAACAGAGAGGAAAGUUGCCUAAGUGAAUUUCAAACACUUAGAAAUUUUUUGAAGAAAGUUGCCUAAGUGAAUUUCAAACACUUAGAAUUUUUUUGAAGAAAGUUGCCUAAGUGAAUUUCAAAGACUUAGAGAAUUUUUUUAAUAAAGCAAAUGCGAAGAAAAGGCAAGCACUCGGUGCAACACACGGGUACCUUCAUCGGCCACACCGCUUAAAUUGGCUGAAAAUGGUACUAAGCAGAGAAAACUACAUGGCCCAACACUUAGAGAAAUCUCCAAAGUAUUGAAUAACGAGGGGAGAGUCUCAAGACGAAGCGGGCACUCAAACACUUGCAAGUGCCCGCCUCGGCCCCAGCAACGGGCGGUAGUUAUCUAUGUUCUGGUUUGACACUUGGACAAAUUUCAAAAUUGGAAUAACGAAGGCAAUAAGCAUAAACAUUUAAAUCCGAAGGGGACAAAAGCACUAUCCAUUCAGUCAAAACGUUAAGUCACAUAGGGGGCGCUUCGGUCAUUACAUUCAGACGUCAAAGGACAGGUCCCCUCAUCGGCUACGACUACAGAAAUCAGAUGUGGCUUCCUGUUCAAACACGGAGCAUGGGAACAAAAAAGGCCGAAAAGAACACAGGGCCGAUGAGAUCACCAAGUGUGGCAUUUAGUUCAACACUUAGAAAAUUUUCCAAAGUCUCGGGCAAAAGAAAAAGGGGGUGUGAUGACAAGACGACGCGGACACCCACCCACUUGAAACCUUGGUACUCAAAAAAAUUACCCAAGUCCCAAUUCCAAACACUUAGAUUUUUUUUGAAAAGCUUGAGAACAAAAGCAAAAUGAGAACAAGACGAGGACAAGGCAGAAUAAGGCCGGAAACAAUGCACAUUUCAUUCAUAAGAGGUCAUUACAUCAGGAGGGCUCAACGGCCAUUACAAAAAAAGAAGGGCGUUACAAACACCAGCCUAGUUAAAUUACAUAAUAAGUCAGCCGAUCAACUCUCAGGGACGGUUUCAUCGGCCACUCGCUCCGCUUCAGCCUGCCCUGAUACAACUCCGUUACCCUCCUCCGUCCUCGCACCUCCGCUGGCCUCGGCUGCUGAGGAGACGGCAGUAUCGGCUAGGGUGUCAUCGUCGGACCAGUCAGGCUCACGGAUUGAAGAGCUGAGCACCGGAUCCUGCCUCUCGGAAGGGGGGAGCUUUGUUUCGGCCUCCGGAUCCCUCAUCAGUCGUGGAAGGUUCAGGUUCUUCUUAGCCCACUUCUAGGUGAGCUUCAGCUUUUUGAAAGCCCGGUGCAGCCUCUGGUAUAUCAGCCGUUGCAUCCUCUGUUGACCCAUGUCGUAGUAGACAGCCAUUUCACAAGCAAAGUACUCCUGGCCAGCAGGGCAGUUCUGGCCCCAGUCUUCAAGCCGGUCUGCCACGACUUCAUAGCACCAGGGCCGGCGGUCAUCGGCCUUCCAGCCUUCAGCAAGGAACCUCUCGAUGGCGCCAUCAACGGCCUUCUCAGCGGCCCUCUCAGAGUCAGCCUGAGCCCUCGCAGCGUCCUCGGCCCGAAGUAGGGCCUCAUCAAGGCUUCUCAGGGCUUCAUCCCUUGCCCUCAAAGCGUCGUCCCUGUCGGCCGCUACCUGCCAGUAGGCCACAUCGGCCUCAUCAACACCCUUCUGAAGGGCCUUCACCUCCUCCCGGAGCCGAUCCAGGCAGGCCAUGGCCUCCUCGGCCGAAGUGGUCUUCUUCUCAGCCUCCUUCAGGCGGGCAAUCUCCUGGCCGCUUGUGGCUCUCCAUCAGCAUAAGAGCGCUCUGCAACAAAAAAGGGGAAAUGAAGAGUUAGGACGACGCAAAACCCAUGACACAAAAAGACGUAAAGUACGAAGAACUUACUUGGACGAUGAGGUCCGUACCGCCGUCAUAGAUCCUGACGGGACCCAGCUUCUUCAAGUAAGCCCGAUCCUCGACCAGGACAGUUUGGGCCAGGACAUCGUGGCCGUCUACGGCGUCAUUGAAGACACCACCCUUCACGGGAUACUCGACCUCGAGCUUGUAGGUCCCACCGGCCAGCUCCUUGGCCGACAGGCGGCGGCUGGGUUAGGGCCGUUGAAGAGGGGACCGAAACCGCGUCCACAACGGCAAUGGCAUUUGAGCCCUCGGCAUCAUCAUCCGGCACGGUCAUACCAUCAGCACCAGUAUCGGCCAGAGGGGAAGCCCUCCUCGGCUUCUUGGACUGCAUACCGGCCUCAGUGAGCUUUUUCUGGCCGUCAUCCGCAGGCCGUUUCUUCUUCGGCUGCGUAGGCGGCUUCUUCGCUGCAUCGGAGCUUGGUUGGGCGCCUCCCGCAGCGGCCAUCUUCGCGGCCUCUUUUGCGGUCAUCUCCUCCUUCGCCUUAGCUUUUGCUAGGGCCAUGACGGAUCUGUGAUCCAUAGUGAAGUCUGCACAACAAGGAAAACAAACAGUUAGCAAAAACAAAAGGAAAAAUGGAUGAAGGCGCCAGGGAGGGUAUUACCAUCGGCGUCAGCAGGAAUGCCCAUAUCCGGGCCAUCGGCCUCCUCAAAGGUGGUGGUCAUCUUCGGCCACAGCUCGAUAUCACUUUCCUUGUCGCCGUAUACAUAAUACCUCAUGAAGCCGAGAGCGGUCAUCUUAUACUCUGUGAUGUAAUGUUUCACGCUCCUCGGCCCUCCCUUCAGAAAUGCCGCUACCUGGGCAACCAAAAUACUACUCUUCGACACGUCGUGAAGGGUGAACUUACUGUCAUGACCAACUGAGGGAAACUCCGUGCCGUCCUCACCUAAGGAUACGAAGACGAACUUGCUCUUCCAACCAUGAAUGGACGAAGGGAGGUCAGUGAAACUCCUCUUCUUCGGCAGCUGUUGGAGAUUAGCAUAACCAUCACAAUUUUUGUGGCUCCCUCGGCCGAUCUGGUACAGGUUCAUGAACAGAGCCGUCGUAUGGGUAGUACUCGUCGUUCAAAGGCUUCAUCAUAACAACUAACUAAAGCCUAAGAGUUUCUACUUUGGAUCUAAGGGUGUUUUCUCCACUAACAGAGGAUCAAAGCUAAAAUAAGCAAAGUACACAAGUAAUUUGGGAAAAUUUCAACGAACUGACCUUUGAAGUUUUGAAGAACGGAAGAACACACGCAAAGGCUCUCUCUCUCUAUAAAAUUCAGCAGCACUUCGUUAUCUCAGGAAUGCAAUGAGGAACCUCUUCGGAAGGGGGGGUAUUUAUAGACCUCCCCCCAACGGUCACUACACGUGGCAACCCCUCAUUGGCCACAUGAACGGCCAGCACCCCCAAGGCCCAUUGGGCUGGCGCCGGUUUAGAAGACGGGUCAGGCCCACUUCCACAAUACCAGCUCACCGCCAACAGGCCAACCACUCAACGGCCACGCUAAGGGAUCGUGUCCGCAUCGGCCUCAACACAAAGACACUUCAAAAGGAUAUGCCAUUCUCAAGGCGUGUCCAUAUCAGCUUACACAGAAUGCCAAUUGCAUGGCCUUUUCAACAGCCACAGUGGUACAAUCAACAAGAAACCCCACGCCAUCGGCCCUGUGUAAAACCCUGAUGAUAAUUUCUUGAAAGCGAUCUGCGUCCAAGGGUUCUCCCACAAGGUUACCUUGGUCAGGAAAUCGCCAAUGAAUUGGAUUCGGGUGUACACAAGAGUCCGUUUCGGCCUAGGUAAAUCCUUUACUCCUUCACCCCUCACCUACUCUUCGGCCUGAAGCAGUGGAGGACUGGGGGACUACACCGGCCUUUGAAAAUCAGGACAAAAUCAAAGAAAUCCAAAAAUAUACCAAGUCCACAACUACAACAUCAGACAUGCACCACAACGUCCAUAACCUCGUGGUGCACCGUCGGCCGCAGCAAAACUAGCGAACAAAGAAUUCCCUCCAAAAGUGCAACACUUGAGAUCACAGAGCACUUAUCGUCUUUGAGACCACAUACUCCACUCUCGGCCAGGAAUCAAAGAACAGGAAGUCAACAUACCUGAAUCACCAUCGUCCAUAAGACCAGGACACACACCACUCCUCCCGGAUCAGUGCUAGUAUCGUCCUCAAAAGCGUGAAUGCUAGACUACAGACAUCACCGCUCCAGCCAAAAAACACAGAACGCAGCCAACGGCCAAAGGAAGCAAACAGCACCCUCACCGGCCACCCGGAAACAAAAGGACACUCAUCAUCCUUGAACAGGAGAUAACCACAAGGGCCUCCUCGGCCCAAAAAGCGCGAAAUUCAGCCAUCAACUGUCAUGAGUGGGCAUGACCUUCAUCGGCCAUUCAUGACAAAGGACGCUCAUCGUCCCCACCCAGCAAAGACACCCAACGUCCUUAAAUAGAAAAUACACACCAUGACUGGGUCCCUCUUCGUCUACAGCGGCCAAGACGCUGAGUACCCACAACGGCCAUAAAACAAGGAACCGGAUCAAAAGGUGCCCGUAACGGCUAAGAACAAGGAAGGGUCCCACAACAGAAAGAAAACAUCAGAGGUAAGAAAUCUACUCUCCCUCACCUCGUCUACGUCUCAACUCAGAGAGUGGGGGGCUCCUGAUGGAGUAUAUGGGCCUGGACCCCAUGGCCCACACACUCGGAUGAACAGAAGGUACCACGAUCACCUGGUGGGACCCUCGUCGGCCCAGAUGACCUCCAUCAGCCGGAAAGCAGUCUACUCAGAAUACGGUCCAGGAGCUAGGAGAACCGGGUGGCCUCGUCGGCCGGGUCCUCGUCGGCCAUGCCCUCGUCGGUCGUACCCUCAUCGGCCACGAGCGGCCCCCAGAAUAGGGUCCUAUACUUAAUUAUUUCUACAUCUCUUGUACCCAGCCCAAUAGUGGCCCUAUUGUAAAUGUGCCUCCCAAACCCAAGACUUGGGAGCCCAGCCCUAAUUAUUACUAUAAAUACUACCUCUGGGAGUAGUUGUAGGGGUUCACAAAAUCAUUUACUGAAGCAUUUACUUGCACUUCUCUCUCUAGCUCUCACUUCUCUCUAGAUAUAUACUCUAUCAGUAGUUUAAUUUAGUUUUCAAGACACUUAUUGAGUUUAAUUGUUUUGUUAGAUUAGCCUGUGCACUUGGUUAGGUUAGAGCCGAGUGUGGCGGUAACGCCCUUAUUUCCCAAUGAAUUUUCCGCUGCACAAUCCUGAUGUUUGCAAAUAAAGUCAAUAAAUAAUGUUUUAUUUAAAGGUAUUUUGGGUGUGAAAUUUUGGGGGUGUUACAAGGCAGUUUGGAGCAUUUCCAGUAUCCUUCUUUGAUUGGACUGGCUUAUCUUUAUUCUUUUUAUGAGAAGAGGAUUGUCCUUCAAAUACCUCAUAUUUUGAUUCUUUUAUAACCAGAGUUAAGAAUGCGAAGGUCCGUGAUAGUUGAUGAAUAGCCCAGGAAGGAUCCCUUGAUGAAUAGCCUGUUAAUGGUUUUGAAAUUGAGAUGGCUUAUGAUGUGGUGCCAAUCCCAACUCAAGUUUGAAUAUGCUUUUGGUUAUAAGGCAGAUUCCUUCUUUUGUGAUGCAUCAAGCAGUAUCCAUAUUCUUCUUUCUUUUACCAGUUAGAACAACUUUGUUGUUUUGGACAUCUCUGACCAAGCAGAUGUUCAUGGAGAAUUGUCUCAUUGUAAAUGUUUUCGCAGAGCUGGCUUGUGCUUGAUAAGAUUGAACUUCAAUCCCAUAUGAAAUGUUAUGGAUUGAAGGUUCGUAUAUGAUUGGGUUUUCCAGCUCCUUUGAUUUCUCCUCUUUUUUCCUCAUUCUCAAAUGUUAAUUUGGGUCCUUCUCCAGAUAUUUAAAAACUUGACAGUAGCCUCCUGCUGCCUGUCAUGUGUGCAUGGAGCAGCCUGAAUAUUUUAUACUCCCUCUGGUCCUUAAUUAACUUUACACUUUCCUUUUUUGGCCGUCCCAUAUUAAACUUUACACUUCCUUAUUUGCCUUACUUGGCAAACAAAUUUAUACCAAACAGUGCAAAACAGUGCCAAACAGUGUCAAACAGUGUCAAAUAGUGUACUCUACAGCAAAGUCAAAUUUAUUUCCUUAAUAUGAGUGAAGUCAAACUGUAAACGAGUUUGGAGUAGUAGCCCACAAGUUAGUGGGCAUCUUCCUUUGAAUGAGUUUGGGCAUCCAUGCCCAUCUAGGACCAUUUGAAUUUGAGCUGAUGGGUCUAUAGCCAUUCCUCAUAAGGAAUGGCUACAUAUUUGUGACAUUAUUCCUUAUGAUGGGGGAAGGAAUAUGUGUAUUGGGAGUGAUCAGCUUUUCCUUUGGAAUGUGGUUGAUCCUUUUGAUGGGUUGCCAACCAAGUCCUUUAUUUGGUUGGUUAUUUUGGAAGUUGGGUUUGUAAGGAAGUUUUGUUUUUGAUCUAGGAGAGGACUGGUUCCUUUUAUUUGACAGAGUUUGGGAGUGAGGAUUUUGUUGGUUUGUUUUCCUUGUGUCUUGUUGAUCUGUGGUGUGUUUUGUGAUUGGAGAGUAUUUGGGAGAGUCUUUCAAUGGUUGGGAUAAAGGUGUGUAUCGUAAUCAUGUGUUCUUCCAGUUGUGUUGAUGAACUUCCUCAGCAAUAGGGAGAGAGAGGGAGCUCAGCCUUUCUUUUAAACUGAUAUUUUCAAGUUCAAGAAAAUCUUUCAUUUUUAUUACUUCACCCAUUUGAGCUUGGGCUACUAUUAGAUUUUCUUGAAGUCUACAGUUUUCGUUCAUUAAAAGAAGGUGAUCUUUUUGAAAGUUUUCAAAUUAAUGGAGUAAUGCUUCCAUAUCAACACUGGAACAACUGGAAUCAUAUGAACUGUUUGAAGAACAUGAUAAUACCUCAUCAUUGUCAUUUUCAUUGGAUCUGGUCAUGGGACAGUUGUGGGAGGAGCUAUCAUCUUGGUGCAUUCCAAAGAGGCAAAUCAGGGCCUCUUCCUUACUUUCUGAUGAGCUGCCUUUAUCACUUGAACUGCUUUGAUCAUCUUCUGAUUAGAUCAUUGUGAGCUCAUCCCAGAUAUCCUUGAUUUUCCAGUCAUCAAACUUAUUCUGAUUGAACAAUAGAUUCUUUGCAAGCUGACUGCCCAUUAUUAGAAAGCGUUUGGGAAGUGAAGUGGAUUUGGAACUUUAGUUCAAAUUAGUCAGAAACUGACUCUAGGAACACUUGCUCUGAUACCACUUGAUGGUCCCGUGUAGAGGUAAAAGUCUAGAAGGGGGUGAAUAGACUUUUAAAGCUUUAUCGACUUUAAAAACUUUUCCGUUCUAGAUGAGUUGAUCUAAAAUCUUUUGGGAGAUUUAUAGAUGCACAUCGGAAGUCUUUAGCCUCUUAGAAAAACAAUGUAUAACAACUUUCUAUGAUGGGUGAAGUUUGGGCUUAAUGCAGUGAGCAAUUGGCUUGGCAGUUGCCUGGAUGACAGGGAACUGCUGAGGCAACUGCUACUGGAAAAUGGGAGUUUGGGAGAGAUGAUUAUGUGGCCUUAUACAGAAUGAUGAGAGCUUUCUGAAGAUGUGCUGAGCUAGAGAUAAUGAGGGGUUUUGCUUGAGCAAAGGUCUAAGCAGUUGGGUAGACCCAGGGAACUGCUAAGGCACCUGCUGCUUAUGGAAGAUGUAUUUCUGAGAACUGGCAAAACAAACCUUUUAGAAGUGAUGUUCCAAGGCUCUUGUGAAACAGUUGUCUUAGGAAAAGUAAGUUAUUAAGCAGUACGAUAAGCAGUAGAGUCAGUUAAGACUACUGCUUAGGAUGCUGCUGGCAAACCACGGUCCCUUUAGUGAGAAGUGUUGGGUGUGUGCCUUGUUGACUGAAAGUAAAUCAACACACGGUAUAUCCUGGUUCAGAGGUGGUGUAAUCCUCCUACAUCCAGUCUCACCUUAUUUCAGAUGGAUUUCACUAAUGUAUUAAGCCCAAUACACUUAGUGCCAAUCUAGCCUUGACAACUCUGGCCUAGAUUGAAGGUGUUUCACGAGGAGUACAACACCAAUCCAAGCUACUCAAUCCUUUAGUUUUUUCUCAAUUGAUCCAGUGGAGAUCAAAAGGUACUCAUGAACUAUCUAACCACACUUCAGGCCGAGAACAACUGUCCUCCUGAAUGUUUACAACACCAUGUAAAAUACAAGAAAUUUCUGGCCACCAACUAAAAACUUAGCUCUAAAAAUAUGAAAGUGAUGAUCUAAUCUAAGAGCUUAGUGAAGCAUGAGUCAAAGCAGAGAGUGAAGUUAUGAUCGAGCACUUUCUCUUUUGCUAGAUAUCCUUUGAAUGCUUAUAGGAUUUCUCUGCUUUUGAACUCAAUAACUUAUUUUAGAACUCAUGCUUCGGCCUUUAUUUAUAGGCGUGUCCAGUAGAUUAAUAUCAUCCGUUGGUUGAGAUGAUUUAAUCCUGUUCGUUGAAUCUUAGUUUCAGAAGAUAACAACUUGUUGUUUGUCUUCUUCUUUGGAGCCGAUUAUUUCUUUGUCUCUAUUUGUCUAGCUGCUGCAGUUCUCCUUUAUAGAUAUCAACUUGACUACGCCUCCCAUGCUUUGGAUCACAUGUACGUUUUAGCAUUAAAUUUCCUCCAUGUUGGAUUCCUUCAAGUUUGAUUGGCUCCGGAUGAUCACGAGACAGAAUAUCAAUUUUUGAGUACUAAUAAAAUUUAUACUGGUAGGAUUUGAAUAUCCUAUUAAGGUAAAUAAAUUUACCUUAUUGCAUUUUUAAUUUCCAGUAUUAAUUUUAUUAGUCUCAAAAAUUAUACAUUUAUCUGUCCUCAAUUAUACACAUGUAUUUUUCAUAUCAAUGUGCAUUUUGUUUUUGUGACAUUUUUAAAAUGUUUUGUGAUUAGCCAAAUAUAUACCGGUAGGAUUUAAACACCCUUUUAAGGUAAAAAUUACCUUAUUGUAUUUUGACUUUUCCGGUAUUAUUUACUUGACUCAAACAUUUUACUUUUGUCUUUUGGUCACUCAAGGUUUUGUUUGACCAACUAGUAUUUCGAACUAAAACUAUUUAUUUAACUGGUAGGAUAACAAAUCCUUCUUAAGGCAAAAAUCAUUACCUUAUUGUAUUUUGUGUUCCAUUUUAGAAAUAGAUAUUUCGAAAUACUUUGUGUUCAUUUGAUGUGAUAUUAACAAAUAAGUUCAACUGGUAGGAUCUAUAAGAAAUCCUAUUUAAGGUAAUGUAAUAUUACCUUAUUGCAUUUUGUGUUUUCCAGUUUAACUUAUUUGUUAAUUGACCAAUUGAGCAAGACACUUUCAGAUAAUACUUUACUAGCAUUUUGGUUAGAGCAGAAUACAUCAUUUUGAUUUAAAUGCUACAAAAGGCGAGGGACAUAUAAAGACUUUGGCAUCAUCAAAACUGUUUAUCAAAAUUUAGGGGUCUAACACUUAGAAACCAACAUAGAAAGAAAAAGAAAUAUCCGGCCAUGUUACUGGAAAUUAGAUCCAGAUCUGCAAUUCUGAAUCUGCAAAAUUCGAAGAAACAUCGCAGAUCUAAACAAGGAAUCCGCAAAAUUGGAGCAUCACCACAGAUUUCCGGUGCGAAGAAGAGGUGCGAGAUGGGAACAUCGCCUUCGUUGGCCAUCGGCGUUGCUUCUCGUCAGCGCCGCUGGUUUCCUCCAUCGCCUCCACUGGCCGUGUUUCGCCGCCUUCGCAGACCGUCAUCCAUCUCUAGUUGCGAUUCCUUUGGUUUCCAGAACCGUUCUAUGUGGUAUUAGAAAACUUGCCGACACGAAGCUUUAAAAAAACGACAAGGGCAAAUUUGUAAAAGAUGGGAAAACAAGCCCUAUUUAGACGUUAAAAAAAUCAAGGUCUUAUUUAAUUACAUACGGAAACUUAAAUUCCUAUUUACCACCAUUUCUCUACCGUAUAUAAUUGUGUGUGCGUGUGUGUUAUAUACGUAGUAUUAGAUUAAUAGUAUUUUAACCUUAACCGGGUUGACCCGGCUGACUCUUGACCCGAUUCCUUGAUCGGGUCACCUUGCGGUCCGGUUUUGACAACUUAACAUAGACUUUUGCUUCGACCGCAUUUAUUUGCUCCUUUCUUAUUCAUUUUCUUUUUCUUUUCAUUUUAACUUCUUUCUUCUCUUUUGCAUUUGUUAUCAACUCUGCUACAGAUCAUUCCUGGAAUGAAAUGUUUAAAAAUUUCUUAAUUCACAUAAAUCAAUAAUUCAUUAAAUUAAUAAAAUUCUUUAGAUGUUUUUAAUUGGUCUGAUUUUCACCCUAGACCAGACUAAAACUGCACAAAUAAUACCAGUGUCUUCGACUACAAAGAAAACAAACAUCUUAAGACUAGUUGAGAUCAGAAACUUUUAGUCCAAUUAAAAAUAUUAUUAAGUUACUUAUUUAAUAAGUUAAGUAACGAAAAAUAGUUUUGAUAUGAAGCAAAGUAAUAUUCUUGGAAACAAACACCAAAGUCACAAGUCUUUAAUAUCUAUUUUUUUAAGUUCUUAGGGCAUCUCGGCAAAUUAUACCGUGGUACCACCAUAUCAUGAGCAUGGUAUGCCCGUACCACAUACGAUACCGUUUUCCUUUCUAUUAGGAGCACUACGCAUGUCUUUUGUUCUUUUCCCAAAUUCCCUUAAGUCCACCGCUUUCUUUUCUCUCAAGUCAUCCAAUGCUCCAGGUAUGCUCUUUCUUUCUCUUUACUUUUCUUUUAUUUUCUUCAAUUCUUUUCUCAUCUCCAUCAAAAUACUAAAAAAAAUUGUGAUUUUACUUAUCUUUAUUUUUAACUAAUUUAAUUAUAACCGAUCAAUUAACUUCUUUUAAAAAAACUAUUACAACAUUUUAUUAAUCCACAUAAAAUAAGUACAAUGCAUUAAUAAUCAUACACUACUUUUGCCCAAAAAAAGAAUCACACUACUUUUUUUACCUUUUUCUUCAAUUGAAACUACUACCGAAUUUAUAAUUUUUUAGAGGUUUUUAAGACAUUGAGUUUGUUUAUUUUGAUUCUUGAAGUUACAUUUGAUAAUAUAUCAUGAAAUUACAUCUUCUUCUGCGCAAGUUACAUCUUAAUGUACGCGAGUUACAUCUUAAUAUACGCGAGUUACAUCUUAAUGUACGCGAGUUACACCACGAAAUAAACUCUAGCUAUAUCAUUUUUAUUGCCCUAAUAUUAAAAAUAAAACAUAUUCACUAUUUAUAAAAAAUAAUUAAGCUAUUAAGAUCAAUUUUCAUUAUUUACAUUGAAAUCAAUGUUUAUAAUAUCUCAAACACACACAAAAAAAUCAUUGUUGAAUUUUCCAACAAGUUACAUUUUGUAUACACGUAAGUUACAUUUGCCAUCAACGCGAGUUGCAUUUGUAAUAACACGAUUUACAUUAAAAAAUCAACUCCUGCUAUUGAAACAAAAAAUAAUGAUCUUUUCUAAAAAAAAAUUAUGGCCAUGAUAUUAAAAACAAAAUAUAUUCUCGUUUUACCUAAAGCAAUUGUGCAAUUAGACUCUCAUUUUUCAUUGUUUACAUUGAAAUCAAUAUUUUUUUCUUAUACUAUGUAUUUUACAAGUUACAUUUCGAACGGACUUGAGUUACAUUGAUCAAUAACGCGAGUUACAUAUCUUUACACGCGAGUUAAUUACAUCAUUCGUGCUAUUGGGACUAAAGAAAAAAAUAGCUACUGUUCACGCGUGUAUUGUUCACCUGUGUACUGUUCACGCGAAUAUUUUUUAAAAAUUAUGCAAAACUACAUCGUUUUUGGAAGUGGAGCAUGAUGCUCAAGGUGCGCCGGUUGCACCGUAUACGAAUUGGGGCAUCUCCAUCUAUAGGAUUAUUUGAGGGUUAAGUUAGUGACGUGGUGGAUUAUUUUUUAGAUCAUGAUUGAGUGAUGAAGAUUAUUUGACAAAAUAAUCCUGGAUUGAAAUAUGAAUUCAGAUUAUCUUAAGAUUAUUGUGCAGCUAGUAUUAAUUGGUGAGUGUGAGACCCACAAAAGAUCUAAUUAUUUUGAGAUGAUGAAUGAUGUAAUUUAGAAAGUGUGAGAUUAUUUUGAAAAAACCUACGUGUCAAUCUAGGUGUCAUUAGAAAUCCAUUUAUUUAAGUAGCAUGAAUGUGGAUGCUCUUAGUAUUAAUCAUCAACGUCUCAAGCUGAAUAAAACAAAAGCUGAGCUUCAAAUAAAUAAGCCCCAAACUGCUAUCCACAAUGUACUAUAACAAUCAAAUUAGCAAAGAAAAACAAAAGUUACAAAUUCAACUACUUCCUAUCCCAAAAUUAUCAGCAAGCCAGCUCUUCUAAACCUUAAAUUUUUCUCAAAAACAACUACUGUAUGCCCCAAAAUUGUAAUAUACACUUCUGUUUGGAUCUUGGUUAGAGUUGAUGACUUGAUUUUCAACCCCAAAGUCCUCUCCGACCAAAAUUAAAUCACUAUAUGAAUUAGUCGUGGGAGUAUAUGUGUAUGAUUGGUGCAUAUGAAGUAAAAUUGAAUUUGAAACCCAUUGUUGGAUACCUCCGGUUUAGGAGUGGACUCGGUUCGGGCCGGGCCUCGGUUCAAGGAAGGCAGGCCCGGAACCGGCCCGGAUAACCCUGGGUCCGGUUCGGUUCGGGUCACCCGCCCGGUUCACGGGCCGGGCCGCCCGGCGGGCCGGGCCUUUUUAUUUUAUUUUAUUUUUAUAUAUUAUAUAAUUAGAAUAAUUCUUAUUACAAUUACAAUAUAUUAUAUUCGAAUUGAAGUAUAUUUAUUUCAAAUAAGAAGUACAAUUGAGAAUUAGAUAGAAAGUCAUCACCAACAUCAUAAUCAACAUUCAAUGUUAGAUACAAAGAAAGCUCGUUACCUGAGCUUUGUUCAAUGUUAGAUGACAAAUGAAACAAUUAACUACUUUAACUAAUAAUAAUAUGACAAAUGAAACAAUUAAGUAAUUAAAUAGAUAAACGAGAAGUGUAUAUAUAAAUUAAGUAAUUUAUAUAUAUAUAGUAUAUAUAAAUAUAUAAUGUGUAAAUAUAUUAUAAGUAAUAUAUAAUAUAAUGUAUAACUAUAUAUAGUAUAUAAAAUAUAAUGCGUAAAGAAUUAUAAUAUGAAUGUGUAUAAGUAUAUAUUUAUAAGUAGAUAAUUAAUAUAUAAGUAGAUAUAAUAAUUAUAUAAAUUAUAUAUAUGUAGAAAGAAUUUGGAGAAGAUGAAGAAUGAAGAUGAUUGAAUAUGAGAGAUUGAGAGAAUAGAGAAUUUAGAGAGUAUGAAGAGUUGUAGAAGAAGAGGUGUAAAAAAUGUAUAGAAAAUAGGAGUAUAAAUAGGUUUUUUUAUGUAUACCCCACCCCCACCCCACCCCCCCCUAACCCCCCCUCCUAUGCUCCCAACGGCUAUAGAGCCGUUUGGGAGGUCUCCCAAAGGCUAGUAGAGCCUUCAAUUAUUUAAAAAAAAAAUUAAAAUAGUGACCGUUGAGGCCCGGGCCGGGCCCGGACCGGCCGGGCCGGUUCACCAAAAUAUGAGCCCGGGACCGAACCGCUACAUGACCGGGCCGGGUGGCCCGAACCGUGACCUAACCGACAAACCGGGCCGGUCCGGGCCCGCACAGUAGCGGGCCGGGCCGGUUCCGGGCCGGUUGGCCCGGCCCGAGUCCACUCCUACUCCGGUUGUGACUGCAAAUGGUUACGUACUUACGUUCCUACAAAAACAAGAAAUUCAAGAGUUUAACAAAAAAUCAUCUACCAAAUAGAGUUUAACACUUCUAUUAGCAUGAAUACUAUUAACUCAGUUCUCUACUCUAGCAAUUGGGAUUGAUGAAAGUAUCCAUAUUUGAUGAAUGAGAGAAUACAAAAUUCUAUGCUAGGGUAAGCACUAAACUAGCAAUUUUAACACAUUCUAAUUUUCAAUUAAAAUUAUAAAUAGCAAAAUAAAUUAAAGUUUUUGCAAAUUUAUUUAUAAAGGUAAGGACUAGAUUUACAAUUUUCAAUUGUACAAGUACUAGACAAUGAACCCGUGCGUUGCACGGGAAAAAUCAACUCACAUUGCUCAAAUAAAAAAGAGAUUGAAUGAAUAUUGUAUACUACCUCCGGCCCGGGUAAAGGUCCCAGUUGAGUUUACGAUAUUUGACAGGUCAUAAACUUAAGUGAUUCUUGUUAAUAAUAAAAUUCUUUUUAGACAAUAAAAUUUACAUAUUCAAAAAUUACAUUAAAAGUCUUGUAAAGUCGCAAAAAACUCACCCUAGUAUUUUUUUAAUAUAAAUUUGUUACUCAAUGAGUUUUAUUUUAUAAGAGAAAUAAUUCUUUUUAGACUAAAAAAAUAUGUUUUUUUAAAUUGAAGAAACUAAUUUUUUACUUUUCUAUUUUAUUCUUUUAUCUACAUUUUUAUCCACUUAAUUCUUGUAAAUUCGAGCUGCUUUUUCAUAUCCAUUGAAUCUAUAGAUUGUAAAGAUGAUGGACUCCUUAAUUUCUAGAAUUAUAAUUGGAUUCAAGUAAUUAUGGACGUUGAUAAUGGACUCCUUAAUUUGUUCAAAUUUUAUGUGUAUUUACCCUUGUGAUCGCAUACAUGUGGUAAGACAAUAUAUAUGGUCCAUAAAACGCAUAUCUUCAAUAUAAAUUUUUUUUAUCAUUGACUCUUAUUAGUUAAUAGUCAUAAAACAUACUGUAAGUUAGUUAGUUAUCUCAGGGGUAGAGAGUACAUUGAACAAUACAAAAAGGAUGAAUAAGGUACAUAUACAAACAUAUUGUAUUGUUACAUAUAUAAACACAAUUACAUAUAUGAAUGAGAUAAAUAAAAAUGUGCAUCACAGUUAAUACCUUUUGUUGAUCGGUCAUUAAGGUCCAAUGAAAGGUGUUAUUGAUCUCAAGGUCCUCUUUCAGUAGAUUUAGGAACCAUCUCCAUGUCUCCGAGUAUUCUAUCUCAACAACCGCCCAUGCUAUCCGAUACAUUUCAUUAUUUGCAUCUCUACCAACUCCACUUAAAAUUUCACCCUUCAACAUGCCUUUAAGAAUACACCCAUCCAGUCCAACAACUUUGCGGCAACCUGUUGAGAAUCCUCGUUUCAAAGCCUCAAAGCAAACACACAUCCUUUGGAAAACAUAUGGUCCAUCUUCAUACAUCCGAUGUGUUUUGACUAUUACUGUGCUUCCCGGAUUUGACCUGAUGCAUUCUUCUGUGUAGUCUCUCAGCCUACAGAAUUGAUCCCCAAAUGACAGAUUUACCCUUUUAAGCACAUUUGCUAUCACUCUCUUAACCUUGGAAAUAUUGACAUGAACUUUAUAAUCACUACAAAUUAGUUUCUGUAGCUUUGCCUUUCCAAUGUUUGGAUUUUCACUUAUCUUAUUUUCAUACUUAUCUUCUAGCCACUUUUGACUAAUUAGCUUCAACCUGAACUUCUGGUUGCAUUUGUGGGUCCUUUCCCAGGUCUUCAACUGCAAACAUUUGUACUGAUUAGCCCAUGAAGCUGUGCACUUAAAAGGAUUGUUUGGUGCACAAGCUGCUUGAAGUCUGUUUAGCUCGUUCUUAAGUCUUAACUCACCUGAUAUCCCUCUUAAAUUCCACUGCAUAGUUUAUUAGGGUUGUUUUGAACUGGCUCCCAUCUUCAAACAACAUAGUACACUCUAAGUUUUUGGAUUGUGAAGUUGGAUUAUAUGAACGACACUUCAUAUUAGAUUGGACCUCAUGACAUAUUGCCUCAUUUUUUCCAGAUUCUGAAUAUAAACUAGGGGUUUCAUCUGAGGCAUAAUACUCGCCUAUUUCUCCUUCAUCGUUGACAUUUGAAUGCAUAUCAUCACAAGCCUUCAUCUUCUUUACCCAUUCCAUCUGCUUGGCUCCUAACUCUCCAGAAAUGAAAUCAUUUCCUUCAUCAUGCUCUUUAGAAGUGUGAUCAUCCCCUCACUGUAAAUGCACUUCUUCUUGUUGUUCUUCACAUUGUGGUAUAUCCUUAUUAACUUCAUUAUGUUUUUGUUGAGAUAAGGUUGUUCGUGUAUCCGAUGUAACUCCUAUAUGGAUACCAUUCUCAGCGUCAACCCUCUCUUUUAUCUGUUGUACUACCUCAACAUUUUCUGUAGAAGCCAAAGCCAAUUCAGAGAGAACUUCAACAUCAUCUAUACCAUGAUCCACGAAAAUCUCAACUACUCCCAAACUGAUGGCCAUCUCAAUAAGCUCAUGAGUACUUGCAUCAUCCCAUAAUGGCUUUAACUGUUCCCUCUUCUCCGCGGGUAAUUUAAAGGAUAAUGAUUCCACCUUCUUGUAUGCAUCCUCUGUGAUAUACUUCAAUAGGUGAGGAUAAGAGAUUCUGUCUGGCUCGAGAGUUAUUGUAUGCACCUCACCAUUUACAUAUGAAAGCCUCACUUGUUUAACGAAAUUACCUCCAUAGUGUAUUCUUAAUUGUGCUUCCAAAAACAUUCUACAAAUACAAACAUUUCAUAAUGUCAAAAUGUCGGAACAUUUACUUUACAUAGUUUAUAGUGUAAACAUGGACUUUAUAUUAAGUGUAAACAGAAUACCAGUGAUGUCAACUUUCACGACAAGUAUCGAAACUAAAUUCUGAAUUUAGGAGAAAUUUUUAAUAGACCUAAUUAAUUAUACAGGAGAAAACAAAAACUCAGGUGGAUCAAAAGCUGAUCUGGUCCGCUUCUGAAUUGGCCAGUUCCAGGUAUGGGGGAACUUGAAGACAAAUCAGUUCCAUUUGGUAGAGGAACUGAAUUCACAACCGGUGUGACCAGUUCAGGUUUUGAACUGUAAAAAAUCAACUUGCUUCAUUCAGUCCGUUUCUGGAACGAGAGAAAUAACUUCAGCGAAGGAGACGGCCAAAGACAUGCCAAAUCCCUCCAGGUACCUCGUCCUCGGCCAUGGAAGCUUGAAUGUUCGAAUCAAACAAAAAUAGCCAUAACUGCGUAUUAAGCGUACAAUGUCGAUGAUAUGCAUCCAUGUUGGUAGAAAUAAACCACAUCAGCAUUAUCACUUCCAGACCAGAAACGAUUGGAUUAAAAACAAGCCACAUAGCACAUAACUGGGAAUUGUCAUUGAUGCACACUAAUUAGUAGUGCGUAAUUAUAUAUUUUUAUGUUAGAUUUAUGUUGAUUGUUUGACUUUUUAUUUGGUUUGUAAACAUUUGUGUGAUUUUAGUUGUAAAUGUAUUUUAGCUUUCAUUUGUAAGUUGUAAAGUAGUGUUAGGAUUUGUAGUGGUGGAAAAGAGGACUUUGAAGUGAAGAAAACUGUCCAGGUGACUUACCCGGUCGGGUAUACUAUUUACCCGGUCGGGUAGGAAGUGGAAAUGGAAGCUGCCAGGAAAUUGCACACAUACCCGGUCGGGUAUGGCACUUUACCCGAUCGGGUAUGAUGUGACCCGGACCAAAGAAUGUGCAGAAAACAUAAGAACAUGGUCAAUCGAUUCGAUUUUGAUCGGUACCCGGCCGGGUAAGUACUAUACCCGGUAGGGUACCCGUCCAAAGGUGUUCAAAAACACCUAUAAAUAACACAUUUUUCCUUCACUAACAUUCAUUCCUUCUUCCAUACUCUUAAGCUCACUUUAGAAUAGCAUUUCUUUAUAUUUUUUAGCAAUGUUUAGUCUCCAAAUGAGGAGCUAAACUUUCAUUUCUUGGUUUUGCUCUUGAAGCUUG